CGAGAGGACGCGACUUUUGGGCUGCUGGGAUUUGGCUUUCGGAAUUACGAGGGUUAUGGUUUCGCCGGUCUGUGCGCCACACCUUCCUCCACGCUUUCCUGCUCUGACAUCUCCUGCAAGGAGCACGAGAGGUGUGAGAUGGCGGACGGGGAGCCCACGUGCAUCCAAGAGACCUUUUCCACCUGUUUGGUCGUCGGUGGGUCCCACUACAAAACUUUCGAUGGGAAAAUCUUUGAUUUCAUGGGCACCUGCGCCUAUGUUUUAAGCAAGAGCUGCGACCCGGCCUUCGACCUGCCCUACUUCAGCAUCGAGGUCAAAAACGGCCUCAGGGGCAACGUCAAAUCGCCUUACGUCGACGCUGUGACCGUCCAAGCCUACAACGUCACCGUUGUCGUCGCCAGGUCUGAGAAGGGACUCGUGAGGGUGAACAACCACCGCACCCGCCUCCCCGUCUCCCUCGCCCAAGGGAAGCUCCACCUCCAACAGAAGGGCAGCUUCGUCCAGAUUAAAACCGACUUCAUGCUGAAGGUUCUGUACAACUGGGACGGCCACUUGAUGGUGAAGGUGCCCAGCUCUCAAUCAGGCAAAGUGUGCGGCCUGUGCGGGAAUAGCAACGGCGAUCCCCAGGACGACGCUCUCCUGCCCGACGGCACCUUGGCGCAGAACGCCGUGGUUCUGGGUCAGGUCUGGAAGGUUCUUGGUGAUCACAGGAUCUGCUCGGAUAGCUGCAGUGGGGAAUGCAAGAGUUGCUCGUGGAAAGAGACAGCAAAGUAUAACACGGAGGCGUUUUGCGGCUUGCUCACCCAACACCCGGGACCGUUCCAAGGCUGUCACGAUGCUGUCCAUACGGAUAUCUAUCUGAAAAGCUGCAUUUCCGACCUCUGCAGCUACGAAGGGCUCCACACGGUCCUUUGCCAAGCGCUCAACGCCUACGUGGAGAACUGCCAGGAGGAGGGAAUCGUGGUGGGAGACUGGAGGACGCCGGCGCGUUGUUCUCCCUCCUGCCCAGCCAACAGCAACCACACGCUGUGCGGCCCCGCUUGCCCCACAACCUGCAACGACCAAGCUGCCCCAUCGGACUGCGCCUCGUCGUCCUGCCUGGAGGGCUGCAGAUGCACGCAGGGCUUCGUGUUGGAUGCUGGGAAGUGCAUCCCCGAAUCCGAGUGCGGGUGCGUUUUCGGUGGUCGCCUCUACGGCCUCGGGGAGGAAUUUUGGGGCGACGACGACGACGGUUGCAGCCAACGUUGCGUCUGCGAGAAGGAGAGGAGGAAGGCGGUGUGCCGUCAAGCCAGCUGCAAAGCCAAGGAGGAAUGUGGGGUGAAGGAUGGCAUCAGGGGGUGCUACCCGACCAGUUAUGGGGUCUGCACGGCGGUGGGCAGCACGCACUACAAGAGCUUCGACGGCGAAUGGUUCGCCUUCCAGGGCACGUGCCUUUAUCAGCUGGUCGGGUUGUGUAAGAGGAGCAGAGGGUUGGUGGACUUCCAGGUGUUGGUGCAGAACGGCAUGGAGGACGCCGGGUCGCCGUCCUUCGUCACGCUGGUCAGGGUCAAAGUCUAUGGGAACAGCAUCACCAUCAGCCAGAAGGACCCACAUAAAAUCACCGUCAACGACCGAUCUGUCAACCUGCCCUACUCCCACGACGGGAAGAUCAUGAUCUACAAAGGCGGAAUGGACGUGGUGAUAGAGACCGAUUUUGGCCUGGCGGUCAGCUACGAUCGGCGUGGCGGCGUCGGCGUUUCAGUGCCCUCCUCUUAUGAGGACGCCCUCUGUGGGCUCUGUGGCAACUUCAAUGGGGACAGGAGGGAUGAGACGAUGCUGAAAAACGGCCGUCUGACAUCCGACCUCAACGCCUUCGGCCACAGCUGGAAGGUGGCCGAUACCCCGGGUUGCACUGAAUUAUCCAGGAUGGAAUGUGUCGACUCGAUGGUCGAGCAGGAGGAUGGUUGUGGGAUCAUCUCGAGGGCGGAUGGACCCUUCAGAGGGUGUCACGCGACGGUGGAACCUUCCAAGUACAUCCAGAAUUGCAAGAAUGAUUUGUGCCUUUAUCCAGAGAGGGACGAGGUGCUGUGCCGACACAUCACUCGCUACGUCGACCUCUGCCAAGAGGCCGGGGUGGCCGUCGAGGAGUGGAGGACGAACGAUUUCUGCAGGAUUUCCUGCCCGGCUCACAGCCACUACGAGCUUUGCUCUCUGGAUUGCAGCCAGACCUGCAGCAGCAUCUUCUCCCCCCUGCGCUGCACCGAGAGAUGCAGGGAGGGCUGCGUCUGCGACCAGGGCUUCGUGUUGAGCGGCGACGAAUGCGUCCCCGUGUCCCGCUGCGGUUGCUCCCAUCUCGGUUUCUACCACAAGGUGGAAGAAAUCUUUCACCCCAGCGAGAGGGAGGAGUGCGAGUGCCAAGCUGGCGGCCUGGUGGUCUGCAAAGAAAUCCAUCCUCGUAACAAAAGCAGCUGCCAAGAGGUCGAUGGGGAGCUCCGGUGCUCGGCCGCCAGCUGCGUGGUCACCGGCGACCGCAGCUUUUUAUCCUUCGACGGGGCGGCUUUUGAGAUCCCAGCUCCUUGUUCCUACAUCCUCGCCGAGAGCUGCGCCGAUGAGGACGGCGCCCAACAUUUUGUGGUGAAAGUGAAGAAAGAUCUCAGGCGGAAAAGGAAAGUUUCCGGCAUUGGAGCGGUGUCUGUUGAAGUUUAUGGGCUCUCCUUGACCCUGGAGCGACGGAAAGAGGGGACGGUCACGGUGGAUUCCAUCUCCCACCGCCUCCCAGCCAUCCUGAACCAGGGGAAAGUCCGUGUGCACCAACACGGGGUGGGCAUUCAUCUUCAGACCGACUUCGGCCUCGUCGUACGCUACGACUUCCACCACUACAUCGCGGUCACGGCCCCGCAAGGUUACCAGGGUCGCCUCUGUGGGCUCUGCGGCAACAACAACGGCAAAAAAGAGGACGAUUUCCUCUUCCCCGAUGGCCACCCGGCUCCCAACGCCACCUCUUUCGGUUCUGCUUGGAAAAUACCCACGGUGGAGAAAUGCGAGGAGAAAUGUUCCGAAGACGACUGCCCUGUUUGCACGGAAGAGAAGAAGAAGAUCUUCCAAAAACCCAACUACUGCGGCAUCCUCGCGGAUCCCCACGGCCCUUUCUCGUCCUGUUUCGACACCCUCAGCCCAGCCUUGUAUUUGGAUGCCUGCACCCGAGAUCUCUGCCUCACCAAGGGGAAAACCGACGUCCUGUGUCGGAGCAUCCAGAGCUACGUGUCCUCUUGCCAAGCUGCCGGUGUCAACGUUGAGGCUUGGAGGAAACCAUCCUUCUGCCCCUCGCGCUGCCCAGCAAACAGCACCUAUUCCUUGUGUUCCAACCUCUGCACCAACAGCUGUGAGGGGAUUUUGGGUGCCUCUGAAUGCCCCCAGACCUGCGCUGAAGGCUGCAGCUGCAAUGAAGGGUUUGUCUUUGAUGGGGAGGGCUGCAUCCCCAAGGACAAAUGCGGGUGCUUCGAGGAUGGCGUAUAUUACAAGCCCCACGAGUUGGUCCUGAAGCAGAACUGCCACCAGCGUUGCACCUGCAUCCCCGGCCAAGGUUUGGAUUGCACCAGCCACCAAUGCACCGACGACGAAACCUGUGAGAUCCAGGAUGGGAUCAUGAGCUGCAUCAACCAAAGUAAAGCAGAGGGGGAGGAAAAUACAGGGGGGAAAAGAAAAUAGGGGGGAAAAAAGGGCACUUUUAAAGGGGAGCGAAUCGGGUGCUUGGUUUAGAGGUGAGAACCCAACAGCAAGGGGAGGCUGAAGACCUCAGCAGAGAAAGCCUGGCUUUGUGGUCAAGCUGUGCCUGAUUUUUAACCUCAACCUCCUUGAAGGACGAGAGGGGAACCUGGGGAGGGAGGAUGGGCCUCGUGUGGAAGUUUCUCCCCAUGAAAUUGGGGGAAAGAUGGCUGGAAAAUGGGAAGGUUGGGCUCAAUGCUGUGUGAUUGCGCUCCUCAACGUCACAUCCUUCCUCCCCUCCUUGCC